AUGCUACGUUCGUUCCCUCGAGCCGCUCCAUCCUCAAUCCGAGGUCCAUCAAUUCGCAAAUCUCUACGAAACCCCCGAACCACGCUCCCACUAUGCACAUCUGAUGCAAAACAACAACAGACGCGCUCGGUCGCUGCUCAUGCUAUAUCUAAUCCGACUCUCUCCCAGAUUGAGAAGCGAUGGGAGGGCAUGCCUCCUCAGGACCAGGCUGAUUUGUGGAUGGCAUUGAGGGAUAGGAUGAAGAAUGACUGGCACGAAUUGACUCUGCAAGAGAGGAAAGCUGCGUACUGGAUUGCUUUCGGCCCUCAUGGUCCUCGCGCUCUCCCUCCGCCUGGCGAGAAUUGGUAUGUCUUCCGAAUUACAAUGCUCGGCAUUGGCGUUUCCUUCGUUAUUUUCUGCGCCAUACGGACAUUUGCACGACCAGAGCCAAAGACAAUGAACGCCCAAUGGCAAGAGAUGACCAACGAGUAUCUAAAGAACCAAAAAACCGAACCCAUCACAGGUAUAUCAUCCGAAGGCUAUGUGGGCAAGGGAAUGGUGCAGAGCAAGCCAAGGAAAGGGGGCGUUCCAUCAGACGAAGACGAAUAA